CCUCAACUCGACGGUCCAAAUCCCUCGAAUUCGAAUCGUCCCCUCCUCCAACGGUCGGCUUCGGAGCGGCACCUACACCCAGACCCAUGGCGGCGGCGGCGGCGGCGGGAGAGCUGGCGAUGCUCGACGCGGAAACGCUGGCGCUGAUGGCGGGCGGACCCGAGGCGGCGCAGGUGGCCGUGUGCGGCGAGUUGGAGACGUUCAAGGAGAACGUGCGGCCGCUGAAGCGCGGGCGCAACGUCGGCCUCCUCAACCGCGCCCUCAAGGCGCACGCCGACCCCGCCCAGCGAUCCGCGCUCCUCGCAGAACGAAGGAGGAUGAUUGAAGCAAUAGAAGAGUACCAGGGCGAAGAUCCGCUGCAGCCGUGGGUAAACUGCAUCAAAUGGGUUCAGGAGUCGUUUCCGGCUGGCGGGGAAUCUUCGGGGCUGGUGGUGAUCUACGAACAGUGCGUGCGCGCCUUCUGGCAUGACGAGAGGUACAAGGGCGACCUCCGGUACCUCAAAGUGUGGCUAGAAUAUGCUGGGAAUUGUGCUGAUGCCGAGGUGAUAUUCAGGUUCCUCGAGGCCAACCAGAUCGGUGACGGCCAUGCUGUUUUCUACAUUCAUUAUUCAUCGCUAAUGGAGUCGAAGAACAAGCUAAAGAAAGCUAACGAGAUUUAUAAUCUUGGAAUAGCUAGGAAAGCAAAGCCUGUUGAGAAGUUGGAAACUGCAUACAGGGCCUUUCUUCGGAGAUCAACCAAAAAGAAGGAACACUCUGAGGAUGAGGCAGCAACUGAUGAUCAGCCAGUACGCAGAUUCGGUAGUGACUUGAACCAUGGUGAAAGCAGAGGCCAUCAUGCAGAGAAUUCACACCUGUUGGCAAAACCUAGAGUAAAACUCCAAAGAAUCGAUGUUAACAAGCCAAUUUCAGUUUACAAAGAGAAUUCAGUACCAAGUCAGGGCCUAGCUAGGAGCAAAGAUAGGACCUGGAACACCCUUGGAACACAAGCAGACAGGAACAAAGAAAAUAGCAUGAUGCCUGCUAAGUGGACUUCACACAAGAUUCCACAGAAGGUAGGAGGACGACCAGCAGCUCCGUCAUCUCGUGUCAGCUCCAUUGAGGUCUUCGUUGAUGAAGAAUGUGCCAAGGAACCAGCUCCUCCUCAAGUGCCAAAGAGUACAAAACCGUCUGUUCUGAAGCUUAGGGAAGCAAUAACCAGAAACCUUAAGAAGGAAACUGAAUUGCUUAAGGAGAAUCCGCUGCGCAACUUCCCGCUGAGCAGCCUUAGAUAAUCCAGUUAUUUGACUUUGCAAUGAUUCCAUUUGUUAAUGAUUUGUUGUUUGAAUGUUCUCCCUUUAUGCCAGAAUGAGCUUUAGCCUCUAAAGCUUGUAAAUGCAGAAAUCCUAUUUUUGGCUUGUCUGAGUGUUGUAUCUUGUACACUAAGUUGAUUGAUUAAUCCUCAUCGAGGUGAGGAUUGAAUAAGACCUUCCUUUUUUCCACAAAGAUAUAAUAGUUGGGAUGUCCAUGAGUUGCAUACA